AUCAGUGGUUAGUGUGGUCUGAUGUCAGUCUCAACUUAUUGUUUGAGCACAGGAAAUGAAUGCAUUUAUGCAAGGACUGCCAGAACGAAAAUCAUGAACAAACAAAGUAAAUUCAGUGAUUAUAUCCUUCUCUGUCUUUUAGCUCUCAUCUUUCCUGGCUCUAGCAGAGUUUGGGUACUUCAGAACCCCAAUCAGGACCUCUAUCAGGUGGGGGACACAGCAGUUAUUCAUUGCAAGGUAGAAUCUGAUCGAGAGAGAGUUGAGGAGUGCACAUUCCAGUGGACAAUUCCAAAUCCAAAUGACAGUAACAUGGAAAAUAUAAAGUAUACAAAAAAAUAUGAUCAGCGUAUCAGAUAUCGAUUAUUCAAUGACACAUUCGGUACUCUGACACUGAAGAACCUGUCCUUAGAUGACACAGACAACCUAAAGUGUAUCACAGAUUGCAAUGUGGAUGGAAAUUUUAAACGCAAUUUUGAUGAAGGAAUCACACUUCAAAUUUCAGACAAAAAACAGGGAUGGGAUAUGCAUGAGAAAACUCAGACAGUGAGCGCUGACACAACAGAUGGAUUUGAUGAAUCAAAGUCAUCUCUAUCCUGGAUCAACUUUCUGCUGAUCAGCAUAAAUAUUGCUGUGUUUCUUAUAAUCACUAUUAUCUGUAUUUCUCUGGUGAAAAUCCAAAUGCAACUGAAGCGCUGAUUUUUCAAGUUUCUAAUGUAUGCUUGAAAUGUAUUGUUAAUGUAUGUUAAGUGUGAGAUCUAGAGAAUGUUUCUUGUGUCUUUUAACAGUAUGAAUAUAAAUAUGAAUGCUGCAAGAGAAUGUAAGAACAUUGAACCACUUCCUUUUCAUAAAAAAAGAGAGAGAGAGAGAGAGAUGGGGGGGGGGGGGUGUUUUGUCAAACUACGGUCUAAAAACCCACAUGGCAUAAACACAGAAAACAACUUAGCUACUUGGCAUUUUUCUUUGCUUGAUCAAUAAAAAGUUAUUGCAGAACACAAUAUGUUAUUUUGGGCAACGGGGCUUUUAUCUGCUAUAAAAUUCACAAAUACCUGUUAAAAAUUCUGUAAAAUUCACCACCAUUUCACAAAAAAUUAGAAAAGUCUAAUUUUCUAAGUCAAAUCCUGCUCAAAUAUUCUCAGA